CCUGCCGCGUUGUCGGCCGGGCAGUCGACAUUGACUCUGAACAGAGAUUUCCCGAUCGGAUAUCGGGAAUUCAAUCGAACGAUCCAGUAGUUUGAUACUAGUCACGGGUAUACGGACGGGUAUUACGGAUGCGAUCCGAAUCAAUAACGCAGUCACAGAAAUACAUUGAAACAAAGUAACAAUAUUGGAGAGGUUCAGAAUCUUAUUGUGGUAAAAGUUUAUUCAAAGACUCUGAACCAGUUGUUUCUUGAAUUGACCCAUAUUUUAAUAAAACGUAUGAAUAAUUCAAUUGAGACAGGGAGAACUGGAUUUCCCGUGGUGUCGUGGUGAGGCCGCGCUUUCUGUACUGCCAAGUGUAUACGUCAUCUAUCAUAACUUAUUUGAAUAUUGAUGUGUGACAGUUCCAGAUAAGUAAAAUAAAUCAACCGAAAUGUGUCCAUAACCUACAAUGCUUUCAAAUAUCCAGCCCUAAAAUAAUUAAAUGUAAUUGGAAGUAUACGUACGGAGCAUAAUAGAGAGAACCCCAAAACUUUUAACUAGAGUAGUUUAUAAUAAUGAAAUAUAUAUAUUCUACUGGGUCACGGUUGGAAAGUUGUUUUCUUCGAUGGUACAAAGCAAUUAACCAGCAGCUAGCCAGAUCUAAAGACCAGAUAAUAUUUCCCAAUUUAAAAAAAACAAAAACAAAAAAAAACACUGUUACUUUCGGUGACAUAAGGAUCACGCGCUCCUGAAGAAAAAAACACUACGCCACCCUAAUGGGAUGUUAAAGAGACUCCAUCUCAAUUAGUGAAAGAGAAUCUGUGACCGAGGGAAUAUAAAGCCGGUCGCGCUUCAAAUGCUCCGCAUCACAGUUCAGUCGGCGGGUCGUUGACAAUGAUUUCAUUCUGUCCAACUUUUCUUUUGUUGAUGUGCUGGAUGACUCGGUCUUCAGUUGCAACGGAAGACGGCCACCAUCGUGAAGAUUUCGCUUCCGUUUUAACACUUUUCAGAGAGGUCAUGAAGUUGGCCAAGAGUGCAGCCAGCGGAGAUUGUCAUUGUUCCAAAUCCGACCAGUUUUCCUCCGGCGUCGCCGAACAACAGAAGAGAAUCUUGAAAGUUAUUCAAGAAUUCAACGAAUUGAUCGAUUCUGAAUCGGCUUCGGCGGCUCGGGUUGACAGAGAGUCCGAAGAACAGCACAGGCCUCACAAAAGAGUCAAGCGUUUUCACUACGACUUCCGGCGGCGGAUCGCUUUCCCCCCGGGAACCAAGAUCAGUGUGACUCCAACUUUCUACUUGCCAUUCGUUCGUGACCUUCCGGAUGGAUUAAUCUCCAACAUGUCCAUUAGUUUCCCUUUUUCAUUGGUUUUGGACGAUCUCGGACUGACAGACGAUUCAAACAUUUUCGGAACGUUCACCAUUUUGAGGCGCAUCUUUCGGCUUUUCUUUGGCCAUCGAAAACCACGAGCAAAUGACUACAGCGGCGGGCACAGGAUUAUGGUCUACCGUACCAUCGAGAACGUGCUCUACAACUUCGGAAUGGCGGGCCAUGAUUGUUUGUUGCGGGCCAUCUGCGAGGUGCACGAAUUCCCGCUCGAUCAUCACCACGGUCUGCUGGGCGAGUUGCUUCAGUUUCUAUUCACGGUGAGCAAGUCAUCGGACUCCAGCGAAGAAGCGCGGGACUACGUUCGUGCCGAACAAUCGGGAAGAGAUCGAGGCGAAUGCUGGCAAUAUUAUUCAAAAUGUCCCAAGUCGAUUUUUAACCAGCAGCACGAUAACAAUUUAUACAUGUGAAGUGUUGUUAUACGCUAAUUUUCCACCGGUGUACUACAUUUGGCUAUUCUAUAACACUGCAUUUAAGUACAUGUCGAGACACGUACGCACAUCA